GGGACCGAGCCCCCGGAGCCAUGGCCGAGGCGCAGGAGCUGCUGCUGCAGCUGCAGAAGGACAACCGCGACGGGCGACUGCGGAAGCAGGAGCUGGAGGAGCUGGUGCGCGGGCUCGAGGCCGAGAGCGAGAGCCUCACCGGGCGCCUGCAGGGUCUGCGCGAGCGCGAGCGCAGCCUGCAGCGGAAGCGAAACCAGGCGGCGCGGGCCCUGCGCGGGGAGGCGCGCGAGGCGGCGCGGGAGGGCGCGGAGCGAGCGCGCGGGCUGCUGGAGGCGGCGGAGCAGCGCAAGCAGGACCUGGAGCAGCACAACCAGCAGCUGCAGGAGCAGUGGGAGGAGCUGUCGAGUCAGCUCUUCUACUACGGAGGCGAACAGCUGAGUCAGCAGCACGCAGAGCAGCAACUCGGGACCCAGCUGAUGGCGUUGCAGAAACAAGUGGAGCUGGUGGAGGCCAAGCACGCCGAGCAGGCGGAGAGCCUGCGGCAGGGCGCGCAGCGGACGGAGGAGGCCUGGGCCAGCUUCCAGGAGCAGAGCGGCGUCCUGCAGGAGCUGCAGGCCAAGGUGAUGGAGGCGGCGGCCGCGCUGGACGCCUCGCGGGGCGGCGCCGAAGUGUGCGACUCCCAGCCGCGCCGGGUGCAGGACUGCGCGGGCUCGCUCAUGGAGGAGGUGGCCAGGGCCGACUGCGAGAGGCGGCUUGUCGGUGGCGCCGGCAGGGCGGGCAUCAGGUGCUGGGCGCGCGGCGCGCUGCAGACGCUGCUGCUGCUCCCGCUCGGCUUCCUGGCGCUGCCGCUGCUCCACGUGCUGCGGGCGGACCCCUGCGCGCUCCGCGGGCUCCCGCGCUGCGGCUCGGCCUCCGCCUGGCGCCGCCUGCGCUACACGCUGUCCCCGCUGCUCGAGCUGCGCGCGCGCGGCCUGCUGCCCGCCUAG